AUGAGAGACUUCUUUUUCUUCUUCUUCUUCUUCUUCUUCUUCGUCUCCUUCUUCUUCUUCUUCUUCUUCUUCUCCUCCUCCCCCUCCCCCUUCUUCUUCUCUUCCUCCUCCUCCUUCUUCUUCUCUUCCUCCUCCUCCUUCUUCUUCUUCGUCUCCUCCUUCUUCUCCUCCUCCUUCUCUCCCUUCUUCUUCUUCUUCUUCUUCUUCCGGAAAUUCACGAUCAUGGCCUUACACCAUAUCCGGAACAUUCGCCUCUUGUCACGACUUGAUAACAAUGAAGCCGUACAAUUCAUAUUUCAUAGGAACGGUCAACCGACCCCCGUUCCUCCCCAUCAACCCACACCAGAAAGUCUUAAAAGCCACAUUUCAUUAUGGAUUUCUUGUUUCGACUCUCUUUCUCUUAACACUCUGACUACUACUCAUAUUUUUUUCCUCAACACUUUCUUUGUUCCUCGUCUUUCUCCUUCUCACACGACUAUCUAG